ACACACCCUUUGCCUCAUUGCUUGCUGGCUACGGGGAAGAUUUCUGAACGACACGAAGCAGUCUCCCCAUAGUGCAUUUCGGCGACAAAACGUGAAAAGUUCUUUGUGGAGGUUAGAUUUCGGGUUAGAUUGGCAGUUGGUAGGUAGGGAUGAAGUUGAAUAAACAAGUAUCGUCAUCUAGAAGGAAGAAUCGAAAGAGACAUUUUACGGCCCCAUCUCACAUCAGGAGACGAUUAAUGUCGGCUCCUUUGUCAAAAGAACUUCGGCAAAAAUACAAUGUUCGUACAAUGCCAAUUCGCAAAGAUGAUGAAGUUCAGGUUGUAAGAGGUCAUUACAAGGGUCAACAAGUUGGUAAAGUUGUACAGGUGUACAGAAAGAAAUUUGUUAUAUACAUUGAAAGGAUUCAGCGGGAGAAAGCUAAUGGUGCCAGUGUUUACGUCGGUAUCCAUCCUUCCAAGACUGUCAUCGUCAAGUUGAAGAUGGACAAAAAUAGGAAGAGGAUUAUUGACAGAAGAUCGAAGGGCAGGUUGGCAGCCUUGGGUAAGGAGAAGGGAAAAUACACAGAAGAAAGUGCUGCAACUGCAACUGCAAUGGAAACAUCGUAGGCUGCAGCGCUAACUUUUGUAACAUCAUCGCUGUUUAAUAAAUUUUAAAAAUUA